UCGGUCGUCCGACUGAGUGUCGUUUGAGACCUCGUUGAUGUUUUCUAACCGCUUUACGAGUAAACAUGAUAAGCACUUAUAAUGUAAAUAAUAUAAUCUUUUAUUUUUAAAAGGGCAAAAAGCUAAUACUGAAAGGUUUUUUAGUACUUGUGAUUUUGACAUUUAUGUGAACAUUGUUGGUGUUGCAUAGAUUUACGCCUGACCCCACUUCUGGUCAUCUCAAGGGAACAAGAAUUUGUCAUGAUGGAGCAAUAAAUCAGGAUGAUUCCUUGGUUGAUAUUUCAGCUUUUUCUACAUUCCGAAAAAAGGAUGAAACUCAUCGCAGAGCCUGGAUGGCCACUUCUAAAGCUUGCCGUCACACUCCUGGUGCUAAUUGGCUGCGUCUCGGCCAAUGGAGGGACGGCCUCACACAACGCUGUCUUGGAACGUCUUGCGGUCUCUAACUUUGCUUGCACCAAUCAACAAUAUCCAGGGUACUAUGCUGACAUUUCGACGGACUGCCGCGGGUUCCACGUGUGCCAAGCAGACGGCAGACACGACUACUUCGUGUGUCCGAACAACACCUCUUUCCAACAGCGCUAUCUUGUGUGCGACUGGAGUGACAAUGUUGAUUGUUUAAACUCUGAUGCACAUUUUCACGUGAACGCCGCGAUGUUUGAGAAUGAUAAAAUAUUUUCUGAACCUCCAGCCAAUAUCGCCGAAUUGAUGCAUCCUCACCUGCAGCCACAUCUUCAACAGGCACUGUUCCAAGGACUCUCAUCUUCUGAAAUUAACUAUUCUCUAAGAUCACGGCAACAACAAAAGAAUGAUGUGAGCGGUCAAGGAUUCGACCUCAAAGUCAGACCUUCCUCAAACACAGACAUAAAGCCUCUUUCCACUACAGAAUCCGUGUUGGACUAUCUCGGUGACAGCCUCUCUGAGGUGGCUAGAACAGGGAGUUCUUUUUUUCCUCUGAUCAUCAAUUCAUGGAGCAAUCACCCUUCCUACUAAGCGG